AUGCUCGUGAUCCAAGACGAAGACUCCCAAGCAAUUGCGCCAUAUCUCUUCAAUCCGUCUUCACCAAGUGACAUGGCAGGGUUCAGUAUUCUACGGUACAAGGUCAACAUCGACGCAAUAUCCCCAGCCGAUAAACAUUACCUUGUUCUCGCCUCCUGUAAACAUCUGCUGGUCGGGCUAGUCGGGCACUUCAACUCAACAAGAUGCGGCGGCAUAUGCAGACCAGCCGCACACGUCACAUUCACAUUUCCGCCGGGACACCACCGGGACAUGGAAAUGAAGCCUGGUGCUGAUCAUUUUAAACUCGUCCGGGAUGCCUGGCUCCUCACCAAGCCCAAACAAGAUAUCUAUCCGCCAACCGAGCGUCCAGUCCCAAUUGGUACCAAUGCAGACGAGGCGGACAUCACGCGCCGCAAACAUGGCCUUCUCUGGUGGAACUAUUUGGUGAUCAUGUCCAAUGGCCUGUAA